AUGGAUUUGCUUUCAAGAUUAGAACACAAAGUUCCUGAAAACUUGACAGUUGAACAAUUAUGGCAUGCAAAACAAAUUUUCGACUCAGCUUAUCAUCCAGUCACCAACGAACUCAUGGUUUUGCCAGGAAGAAUGAGCUUUCAAGUACCUGGCAAUAUGCUUUUAACGGGAGCAAUGUUGACCUUCUAUAAGUCUUCGAGCGCUGUAGUAUUUUGGCAGUGGAUGAAUCAGUCGUUUAAUGCGAUUGUUAAUUAUACGAAUCGCUCCGGUGAUAGCGUUUCUACCAGAUUGCUUCUUAGUUCAUAUAUCUGUGCAACAGGUGGUGCUGUGACAGCAGCUUUAGGACUUAAUUCAUUAGUGAAGUCAAUGUCACCGUUAAUUGGACGUUUCGUCCCAUUUUGCGCCGUUGCUGUUGCAAAUGCAAUUAACAUUCCUCUCAUGCGUUCCAAAGAACUUUUUGAUGGCAUUGUUAUAGUAGAUGAAAAAGGUAAAGAAGUUGGUACCAGUAAGAAAGUGGCAGGAAUAGCCAUUAUGAAUGUUACGAUAAGUCGAAUUGCAAUGGCUACUCCAUCGUUUUUGUGCAUACCAGUUUUAAUGAAUAAAAUCGUGAAAAAAGCUUGGUACAAGAAAAGACCUUGGAUAUCAGCUCCACUACAAACUGUAUUGGCUGGCUUGGUCUUAACAUUUGCAACACCACUGUGCUGCGCGAUUUUUCCUCAAAUGAGCUCCAUUGAAACGAGAUAUUUGGAGCCAGAAGUUCAAGAUAAAAUUAAAAAUCUUGAAGAUCCACCUGAACGCGUUUAUUAUAAUAAAGGGUUGUAA